AUUUAGUGCUGUGUGUGAAAUUGCUAAAUAUGUGAAUAAGUAAAACAUUGUGAUAUAUUAUAUUAGUAUAUAAAUAAGAAAUAGAUAUAAAACGUGUAAAUAUGGCAACAGCAAGUUCAGAUAUCGAAGAUUUUCUUUCCGGACCUUUAAUAGCUUGGUUGAAAUCUUGUCUGCAAGAGUCAGAAAAACUGGUUGAUUAUUCAUCACUGUGGGAUGGAUCUCUUAUUUUUUCUGUGUUACAAAUAGAUCCAGAACCAGCUCAUUCUAUUUGUAAACUAACUGGAAAUAAUGAAAUGAUUGUUGCUUCUAGGAUUAAUAAUUUUCACAACAUCUUUAAAAAUCUAAAAACUUUAUAUGAUGAAGAAUUCAGACAAACAAUUGUAUCAGUACCCGAUUUCAUAGAAUUAGGAACAAAACCUGAUUCAAGAUCAGGCUUGGAAAACAUGAAACUAUUAAUUUUAUUAUUACUUGGUGCAGCAGUUCAAUGCCCAAAUCGAAAAACAUUCAUACAGAAUAUAUAUGAUCUUAAUAUAACUGUGCAGCAUGCAAUUAAAGAUUAUAUUACACAGGUGAUAGACAGUCAAACACUUGUUUUAACAAAUGAAUAUGAUGAAGCUACUAGUUCUCCAAUGCAAAGACAAUCAUUAAUGAAUUUGAUUAAAGAGCGUGACAAAUACUUUUCAUACUACAUGAAUUCGAUUUUGGUAGACUCUCUUAGUUCAAUAGAUAAAUUAUCAAGCCCAUCAAAAAAUGGGGUUCAUGGUAUUGAUAACAAUCAUCAUGCGGUUGAACUUGCAGAUUGGAAAGCUAAACUAAGAAGACAACGGCAGGAAUUGGAGGAAAAGUCAGAAGUAAUAAUGGAAUAUAAAGAGGAGCUUGAAUACACACAGAAAAAACUAGAAAAGUUAAAAAUUGAGAGUCAAGAAUGGUUUCAAGCUUCUUGUAGAGCCUCAGCAUAUAGAGAUGAAAUCGAUGCAUUAAGAGAAAAAUGUGAACAUGCAGAUAGAUUAGAGCAGGAAAUUCAGAAAUUACGUGAUCGCAUGAAUGAUGAUGAAUUUUAUAAAAAUCGAGUGGAGGAAUUAAGAGAAGAUAACAAAAAUCUCUCUGAAACUAUUGAAAUGCUUGAAGAGCAGUUGUCAAGAGCGAGAAAACGCAGUGAGCAAGCUUUAUCACUUGAGACAGAAAUAAUUAAAUAUAAACAACGAGUUAAUGAUUUAGUACUGCAAAAAGAAGCUGAUCACAGUAAACUUCAGGAUUUAAUAGAAGAGAACACACAUUUACAAUUAUUAACAAAAUCUGCAGUUUCUGAUUCAUCAAAUACCAGCAGUACGCUGAAUGACCAAAAUGCCGAAAAUGACCACUCAAUUGCUGAAACAAGUUUGAUAGAUCAGCUAAAAACAGAUGCAGAAGCGAGAGUACUGAAAUUGGAACUAGAAAACAAACAAUUACUAUCCAGAAUAGAUGACAUGAUCAUGACCAAUAAUGAAACUUCAAAUAACUUAGUAGAUUCUGAAAAGGAGAGGAAGAAAUUGUCUUUGAAAUGUGUUCAAUUAAAAGAAAAUUGUGAUAGAUUAACAGAUCAAAACGGUGAAAUUGAGAAAAUUUUCAAAAAUUCAAUGGAUGAAAAUAAAAAAUUGCUUAGUGAAUUGGACAAUAAUAAGCACUUGCUUGAUAAGAUCACAAAUGAGAAAGAGUUGGAGAAAAAGAAAUUGUUAGAGAUUGAAAAACAAUUAGAUGCAUCAAUGAAAGAACGGCAAACAUUAUCUCAUAAUAAUGAAUGUCUUCAAAGAAAAUAUGAUGAUUUAGAUAAGUUAUUAGUAGCUAAGACAAAUGAAUGUUGUGACUUAAUGGAGAAGGCAUCAUCAUCAAAACAGAGCCAAGAAGUUAUUGCAAAGCUAAAUGAAAAGAUAGUAAACAUGGAAAAAGAAAAUCAGAGAUUGAUGAAAGAUGUGCAGAAAUUACGUGAUCUUAUAGAAGAAAAAGAAGUUUCACUUGAUAAAAGUUCCAUAUACAUUGAAGAAAUGAGUCAAGAAAUUGAAAGAAUCACAAAGGAUUUGCAUAAUAGUGAAGAAUUAGCUUUAAAGAUCGAAGAAAUGAAAAGAAAAUUCAAGACAAUGAAACACAAUCAAAAAAGCAUCUUUGAUCUGGACAAAUUAGGUGUGGACGUGAGUAAUGUUCUUAAAACAGACAACUCUUUAGAAUAUUGCAUUGAAAAUAUUUUGAUGAACGCUGACAAUCAUGAAAUUGUGAAGGAUAUUAUAGCCAAAAUAAACAAAGAAAAUACAUUAAAAUUAUGUGAUACUUGCAACAAAUGUAGUGAAGACAAGCCAUUAAAUACUGUUCUGAGUGAUAGCAAACAAAAUAAUGAGAGUUAUGAACAAAGCACAACCACUGAGUUAUCAUUGUUGAAAACAGUCAAUGGGCAAAUACGAAAGGAAAAUGCAGUGUACAAAGUUGAUGUUACUACUUUAAAUUCUCAAAUUACUUCGUUACAAAGCCAACAAGUUUCUUUACAAACUGAGAAUACCGAACUUUUGACACAAAAAGAAGAUAUUAAAAAGGAACUGCAACAGAGCAAAAAGGAAAACUUAGAUAUUACCAAGGAUUUGGAAACGUUAAAUUUGCAUGAACAACUGACUUUGGAGUAUGAAAUAUUGACAAAGGAGCGUGAAAGUACUAGGGGCACAGUUCGAGAUCUGAAGGCUGAAAAUAGAGACAUUAGUGAUAUAGCAAUUAAUGAAAAAGAAAUAAAAUCUCUUUUGGAAGAAAAUUCUAAUUUGAAAGCAGAAAUACAAAGUGUAGUAGAUCUGAGAUCUGAACAUUCAAACUUAAAGGAAGAUUUCAAACAUCUUUUCACUGCAAGUGAUAAGUUGAAGGCAGAAUAUAGAAAUCUCCAAGAACAAUAUAGGAGAGUUCGAAGUGAGUCCCACCGUCAAAAAUUACAAUAUACUGAAUUAACUGGUGAAUUAAACAAUAGGAGAGACCUUAUAACAAGUUUGCAACUCGAAUUGCAUAAAGUCAGCCAAUAUUGUGAGAUGUUGCUACAAAGAAACAGCUGUCUGGACAGCGACAGACGAAUCUUAAUGGACCAAGUAUCAAAAUUACUCUCACAGUAUCAUGAACUAUUGGCUCAUUCUAUUGAAGACAAUAAACACUACCAUGAUGAAGAAAAAUUAUUUACAGAUAAAGUGAACAGUUUAUGUCGUCAGAAGGAAAAACUAGAAGAAAAAAUUAUGGAACAUUAUAGGAAACUUGAAAGUUGCUCUUCAAAACGGAAAGCAUUUGGGUCAAUACUUGUUCAUCGGGUUUGUAAAGCUGGAUCAGACUUAAUGAAAAAAGUUCCAAGCAGAAAUCGACAUUCUUGGACUGAUGAUUCGCAUGUAGUUAACUCAACAUUACAGCCAGAAUUGGGUGAAAAAUGUGAUGGUAAUGGGGAAAAUAAUACUCCUAAUCAAAGUUUGGAAACAUCGUCAUCAUUAGAUGAAUCUUUAUGUUUGGGUUCUGCUGGUACACGGCGAACAGUGUAUUUAACUCAAGAAACAGAAUCUGGAAGGCAAUCUCCACUCCCAGGAAAUUCUACACCCAGCCAAGGAAACACUUUUAUAGUCUACAAUAAAAUGGUUGGAAGACCUGAGUCAGCUAAUAAAGAAGACACUUCACCUAAGUCAGGUGACAAUAAAGAUAUGAAAGAUAGUGCUAUUUGGUACGAAUACGGUUGUGUUUGAUUUUAAACUACAUAACGAACAUUUUAUACACAUACAUACAUACACACAAGCAUACAAGAAUAUAGAUAAACAAUAUUAGUAUUUAAGUUUUAUAUAAUUCUAUAAGCCCUCCUAGUGCCUUAUAUAUAAAUAAUACCAGAAGUUGUAAAACUAUUGUUGUAUAUUAACAAAUCUACUGCCUCCUCAAGAUAUAGUAAGUUAAUAGUUU